AUGACCAUGCCUGGACGGCGAAAGCUCGAUAAGCAAACAUGGCUGUGGAGGAACCAUGUCAGGGAUAAAGUCCGUGGGAAGAAAAAGCAGUACAACGCAUUUCUUAUCGAAAAGACGGUCUGGCAACGCUAUCAGUUAGCGAAGAAAGAGACGAAGAAGGCCGUUGCUUCUGAGAAGGCAGCUCAUGCCGAUCUUGAAAGAAACUCGAGUCUCGUGAUGGUGAGCGGUACAUUUACCGGCUCGCUAAGACCCGCAACCGCCAGACCCGGGAUAUAG